AUGGACGCUCUCAAGUCGCUCGUGCAACCCCUCGUCGGAGGCGCAGGAGGCUCAUCAGUCAUUGACGGCAUGAAGCUCGUCGUCCUGGGAGGAACUGUCGAGACAGCCAGAAGGGCCUCUAGUUCAGCUUGGUCUCAUUUCCUCAACUCAUUCUUCCUCACUGCGCAUUUCUCGGAAGAGGACUAUCCUUAUGAUUGGCUUAUGCUGUGGCUCUCACGCCGCCCUGAAUGGCAGCGCUCUAGAGAGUUCGAAACUACUACUCGUACCACAACCCCCGGCUUCUCAGGAUCUCGCCAAGCAGACAAUUCAUUUGGUGACGACGAAGAGGAGGAGGGUGACGAAGAUUCACCCCCCGGCAAAGUCAAGACACGUGUCGUAUUCCAGCCGACAUUCGACACUACACACACAAUUUAUUACAAGGGUCACUGGCUCAGGGUCCGUCGUAGUAAAAAGCAAGACGGUAGCGGAUGCGAAGUCUUGUCAAUAAGCGUUGUUGCGCGGAAUAACACCAUCCUCAAGCAGCUUGUCUUACAAGCCAAGAAAGAGUAUGAGGCCGAGGCGAUCCACAGGAUCCAAAUAUACUUUGCAGACUCGCACGGCAGCUGGCGCUGGACCGACUCUCGUCAUAAACGCCCUAUGUCGUCCAUUGUUCUCAACCCUGGGGUAAAGGAGAUGCUUCUCAACGACACGCGUGACUUUUUGAAGUCCGAGAAGUGGUAUGCGGAUCGCGGCAUUCCAUUCCGCCGCGGCUACCUGCUGCAUGGUGUACCUGGCUCCGGAAAGAGUUCCCUUAUCCAUGCCAUCGCGGGCGAACUCAUGCUUGACAUUUAUGUUGUGUCACUGUCUUCUUCGUGGAUCAGCGAUAGUACAUUGACCACCCUCAUGGGUCGUGUCCCGGCUCGCUGCAUCGUGCUUCUCGAGGAUCUCGAUGCGGCGUUUACGCGCAGCGUCACACGUGAUAAGAGUUCCAAUGGUACUCCGGACUCGUCGAGCAACAGCUCGGAAGAGGGCGCCCCGGAACAGCCGGUGACGAGCAGCAGCUCGAGGCACAGACGUCAUAAGGACCACAUUUCCGAUGUAAACACACUGAGUUUGAGCGGCUUGCUGAACGCCUUGGACGGUGUAGCUGCUGCCGAAGGUCGCAUCCUCUUCGCCACCACCAAUCAUCUGGAGCGUCUAGACCCUGCGCUCUCACGUCCGGGUCGUAUGGAUGUUUGGGUUGAGUUCAAGAACUCUUCAAAGUGGCAAGCGGAGGCUCUGUUCCGCAACUUCUUCCCCUCCACGGAUCAAGAUAAUGAAGUCAUAGAGGGGGACAUAGAGGGAAUUGACCUACCCACAACACCCCAGUCGUCCUCUCCAUCACCGUCUUCGCAGUCCUCAACGCUGUGGUCUCUUUCUCCUUCGUUCUCGUCGUCGACGUCAUCUCUGGCGUCUUCCAAGGAAUCUUCGCCCUCGAAGCCUCCCCGAGACGGCUUUGGUUCCAAAAACCAAGCGUACUUACCACCUCCGGUUGAGGAGCAUCUCACUGCAUGCCAGCACUCCGCCAAGCCUUUGGAUGGUGCCAGACUCGCUAACCUCGCGAAGAUGUUUGCGGAUUCAAUUCCAGAUGACGAGUUCAGCGUUGCGGCGCUGCAAGGCUAUCUACUCAAGAACAAGUCGCAACCUGAAGCCGCUGCCAAUGGAGCUGCUGCCUGGGUGAUCAGCGAGAGGGAGCUCAGGGAACGCUUGAGAAAGGAAAAGGAGGCUCGGGAAAUCAAGGAAAAACUUGAUCGUGAGAAGCGGCGCAAGGAACUCCUGGAAAAGGAGAAGGAGAAGGCUGAGCUUGAGAAGAAAGAACUUGAGCUUACCAAGCUCAGACAGCAACUCCAAGAACAGGAAGCUAAAGACAAGGCCGAAGCUGACAAGAAGGACGAGGUUGUGCCCAUUCCAGAUCUUUCCGUCGACGAUAACAAGGGUGAGCCUUCUACCGAUGACGACAGCGAUGAGGAAAACGUCCCACCCCCCUCCACUCCACCUGAAGCGGUUUGGAUCCAAGUUGCCGACUCGAGUUGA